CAACAACAACAAAAAAAUAAUCUCGCUGAGCUCCAGUCGAUGAUGUUUCAAGAUGUUUAAAGAUGUUUUGUGUAGCUGUUCGUUUCUGUUUGAGUAAAACGUGCCGUCAGGACUGGGGCGGACACAGACAGAACUGAGGUCAAUGGUUGUGAAGCUGUGCUUAGAAGAGGAAGGACGUGUGUGUGUCCCAGCGAAUGUGAUGGGUCAGAGGAAGAAAGCCACUAAGCUCCAGUCUGGAGGUGGCAGCAGUGGAGCCGAAGUGGUCCUGAGACACAUCGAGGCCAAAGACUACAUCAACGAGCUUUCCCAUGAAGUCCUCUGUCAUAUAUUCAGGUAUCUUCCCAUGAAGGACAUCAUGUGCAUGGAGUGUCUGUCCAGGAAGCUUCGAGAGGCGGUGACUUUGUACCUACGAGUGGCCAAAGUCAUCGACCUCUGUGCUGGACGCUGGUGGGAGUAUAUGCCUGCAGGUUUCACAGACAGCAGCUUUCUCAUCCUUUUGAAGAAGAUACCAGAUCUGGAGCAGCUGUAUGGCCUCCACCCUCGCUUCCUGGAGAAGAGACGAGUCAGAGGCUAUGAAGCUUUCAGCAUACCCGGAAUCCUGGAGGCACUGCAAGCCUGUCCAAAUCUACUGGGUGUGGAGACAUCCCAUCUUGAACUAGUAGAAGCCAUAUGGAACUACAUGCCACAGGUUCACAUCCUGGGAAAGUUCCGCAAUCGGAAUGGGGCGUUUCCCAUUCCUACGGAGAACAAACUGACCAUCCCCAUCACUGCAAAGAUACAGACCUUACAUCUAGUGGGGGUCAAUGUUCCUGAGAUUCCCUGUGUUUCCAUGCUGCGCCACCUUUAUCUGAAAUGGGUUCGUCUCACCAAACCCCAACCAUUUAAAGACUUUCUGUGUGUGAGCCUCAGAACCUUUGUCAUGCGAAAUUGUGCAGGGCCAACGAACUCUCUUAAAUAUGUUCCCCUGGUAACUGGUUUAGCAUCGGCCCGGAACCUGGAACAGCUGGAGCUGGUGAGGGUCCCCUUCUUGGGAGGUCUGAUCCAGCAUGUGGUUGAAGACAGCUGGAGAUCAGGAGGGUUUCGGAAUCUCCACACUAUUGUGUUUGGAGCCUGCAAGAACGCUCUGGAAGUUGAUCUGGGCUACCUCAUCAUCACCGCAGCUCGCAGGCUUCAUGAGCUGCGAAUUCAGCCUUCAUUGACUAAAGAUGGUGUCUUCUCAGCCCUCAAGAUGGCCGAACUUGAGUUCCCACAGUUUGAGACACUUCAUCUGGGAUAUGUGGACGAGUUCCUGCUUCAAUGUAAGAUGAGUCAUUCUGAGCUGGUGAAGUACGGCCUGGCAGAUGUGAUGGAGAACCCAGGCAUUAUUACAGAUAUUGGUGUGAAGGUGGUGAAUGAAGUCUUCACGCACAUUAAACAUCUGCUGAUCUACAACUGUCCUCAUCUCCAUAACCCUCAUCACUGGAUCACAGAUCAGUCCAGGUGGAGCCGUCUGGUGGAUCUCACUCUGGUUCGCUGUCAUGCUGUCAAACUGGAUUCAUUCUCACAGUUCAUAGAGUUACUGCCGAGUCUGGAGUUCAUUUGUCUGGAUCAGAUGUUUAGAGAACCACCCAAGGGCUGUGCCAGAGUGGGCCUCAGUGCAGGAACUGGGAUUGGCGUGUCCUCGGCUCUGGUCAGCAACCAGAACCCCAACAAUGACAAUGAACACAACCAUCAUCCCAACAAUGACGAUGGCAACCUGCCUCCUCCGGCUGUCAAUAUCAACCAGAGGCAACCGCAGCAGCAGCCGCAGGAAAACGUGGAAGUAAAUGGGAUGGAGGAGGACGAGGAGGAGGAGGAGGUGAUGUUGGACCACAUGGACGCUGAGCCCCAGCUGGAGCCGGAAGAAGAGCAGGAUGUUAAAGUGGAAGAGCGUGAUGUGGCUGUGGGGCCAAGCCAUCCUCCUGAAACACCACAACAGCCUGAUGAAGAACAAGCAGGUCCCAGUGGUUUGGUGCAGCAGUGCCGGCCAGCCGACGUGGCCGUCCCCAAGCCUCUGGUGGUGAUGUCAGACUCUGAGAGUGACGAAGAGGAGGGCAUGGUUCCGCGGCACGUGCCAGCUUCACAUUCCCAGCAAACAACCUCCUGUAUUGAAGGUAAAGGAAAGACGCCAUUGCGGCGGGCUAACAAUAUGGCUGCUGAAGUGACGGUACCGUUGGACAACUCAGAGACCUGGAUGCCCGAAAGUAGUUGUGAGAAAAGCUGUCAGGUCAGCAGUGAACAGAUCAAGGCAGACAUGAAGACCGCGUCCGAGUACAGCCGGAGGACUACAAAUAAAGGAACUUCUACUGAGAGCGGGGAACAUGCAGCAAGGCAGGGGGCUGACCGGGGACUAACCUGUGGAACUGGGACUGCUGGAACUGCUGCACAGACCAGAACAGUGCAAGGACCUGGAAGUCUGGGUCAAAUUGGUGCGGGACAGGCCACAUCACAGCAAGUGGAUGGAUGUGGGAGGGUGUUUCCAGGAACAGCCCAGAUACCAAGCACAACCACUGAGAGGGCAGCCAGAGCUGGUCCCAGUGAAGACACAGAGGGCCUUUCUGGAGUCAGCAACGGAGGAAAUUGUACGAGUGGAGUUGGCGUGAGUCAAAGUGUUGGUAGUGGAGUGGAACGUGUGGAGCUCAGAGGAGCUGCUGAAACCCAGCCUUCUACAAGAACAGAGCUGCUGGGUGGACAGUUGGGGAAACGGCGUCCCCCACCUGGAUCUCACCACGGGGCUGUGGGCUCCAGUUUACAGCUCUGCCGGGGCAGGGAGGAUGACUUUGUUCCCAGGCGACCUUUAACCCGAUCUUGCACCCGUAUCUCCUCAGUGUCCCUGUUACCUGAGACAGACCUUUCCAGAACCAGGCCUCGACCGGCAGUCAAGAGGAAACGAACAGCUGACAAAUCAACCAGCACGUCAGACCCCGUCACAGAGGACGACCACGUACAGGUUCUGUCUCUGAAGAGUAAGAACUUGGUGGGGAUCACUUUGACCAACUGUGGGAUCACUGACCUGGUGCUCAGAGACUGCCCCAAGAUGAUGUUUAUUCACGCCACUCGAUGCCGAGUGCUGAAGCAGCUCCAGAUAGAAAGUGCCCCCAUCGUCAACAGGUUCGACUACGCCCAGUGUAAGAAGUUGGACAUGCAUCAGGUCCUGGAUCAGAUUUUGCGAAUUCCAGCUGAGAGGAACCGCAUCAUCUACAUGCGUCCUAUGCACCAGGUUGACUCUGUGUCCUUGGAGCGCCAGCUUUUCCAGGGUCCUUAUCCGUAUCACAUCGCUUUGGUGCACGAGUUCAGCAACCCUCCAAAUAUGCGCAAUAAGGUUCGCAUUCGCAGCUGGAUGGACACCAUCGCAAACAUCAGCCAGGAGUUGAUCAAAUACGAGUUCUUUCCCGAGGCUACGAGGACAGAAGGCGAUGUCAAGAAGUAUCACAGAUAUCCGUGGGGCCGGGACAUCUACACGCUGGAGGGAGUGGUGGAUGGUGCCCCCUACAGCAUGACAACAGAUUUCCCGUGGCUGAGGACUCUGAGGGCAGCUGAUCCGAACACCUACGCCCGCUACGACUUUGAGGAUGACGAAAGCACCACCAUUUAUGCUCCGCGGCGGAAAGGACAGCUGUCUGCUGACAUCUGCAUGGAGACCAUCGGGGAAGAAAUCUCAGAGCGGCGGCAGAGCAAAAGAGGAGUGUUCCAGAGGGUGGUGGUGGUCUUCCUCCAUCACUGCGACACACCAGGAGAACCUGUGGACGACGACUACAUCUGAGCUCCUUCAGUGUGCACAGCCUCCUCUGGACAGCGAAGAACGUCAGAGACCACCGCACUGCCACAGCGUGCUUCCACAACAGGGCUGCAGGUCAAAGUUCACUUCUGUUCCAGUGACACGCACCUGAUGUCUGACAGACACUAUGAGACAGUGAUGGCGGCGUUAUCAAAAACAAGUGCCCAGACCGCCUGGGUUGAGGGUGUGUCUCUUAUUGUGACGUCAAGUCUGUGAUCUGCUCUUUAGAAUCAUGUUGAAAACAUUUAUUGACUCCACGUCCAGAUCAAAUACAUGAAUUUAAAAAGCUGUUUGCUGCUGAUGUUCUUAUUUCAGUAAAUGUCCCCUGAACAUGUCCACACCAUCAGGCUCAUAAGUCACUCAAGUUUUUUUGUAUUUCUACAUCACCACAGGAGAGUUGAAAUGAAACCCUGAAGAUGUGCACAUUUGUGAACGUUCAGCUUU